AUGAUCCGACAACGUCCGGCGUCGUACCCGACCGGACCGGAACCGGUUCCAGUACCGACAAAACGGUACGUUAGCGAUCCGGCCAAGUUGGCACAUCAAGUGAAACCGUUCACCAAAGAGUCGCUGGAACGGUUGGAACGGAAAACGAUACAGUUGGUGCGCGAAUAUGGGUUCCAACCCAAAAGGAAACUCAGUGUUGAGGAUGGUUCGCGGUUGCCGUCGAAAUUCGAGCCGUUUCCCAAGAAACUUUAUGCAAUCUACACCCUCGAAAUGUUAAUCAAAACAAUAGCCAAGGGUUUUAUAUUGAACAAAUACACAUACUUAAGAAACCCUUGGAAUUGGUUGGAUUUUGUCGUUAUCACCAGCGGAUACGCAACCAUUGGGGUUGAAGGGGCCAACUUGGCCGGAUUAAGAACCUUUAGAGUAUUACGCGCCCUCAAAACAAUCUCAAUUCUACCGGGCUUGAAAACAAUCAUAAACGCCUUGCUUCACUCCUUCAAACAACUAGCAGAAGUAAUGACUUUGACAAUCUUUUGCUUAAUGGUGUUUGCCUUGUUCGCCCUACAAGUUUACAAGGGCGAGUUGCGUAACAAGUGCGUAUCGAAAAUGCCGGACACCAAUGACGAUUGGUAUAAUUGGACGCGGGAUCCGGACAAUUGGCUGCGCCAUGACGCUACGGAUGAUCCGAUACUGUGCGGCAACGUGACUGGUUCGCGUCAUUGUCCGCACACGCAUACGUGUUUGUGCGUAGGCGAAAACCCCAAUCACGGUUAUACUAGUUUUGAUAAUUUCUUGUGGUCGAUGUUGACUACUUUUCAACUAAUCACCCUUGACUAUUGGGAGAAUGUUUACAACAUGGUUUUAGCAUCAUGCGGUCCAAUAAGCGUUUCAUUUUUCACCGUAGUCGUUUUCUUUGGUUCGUUUUACUUGAUUAACUUGAUGUUGGCAGAGCGUAAGAAAGAGCUGGUAGAUCACCGGGAAGAUUCGACAUUCAGUUUCGAUCCAACGAAUUUGAACGUCAAACGUUUGUCGCGGCACAAAAUGAAGAAAAUCGACGCGCGCAAAGGCGUUCUGCUCUCGUCAUACACACGAAAGAAAACGAGACGGAGAAAACGGACAAAGAGCAAAACGGAAGCGCCGAGCAGCAACGUUUCGGACAAAGAUUUUCCUACACCGUCUCCAAAUAAAACCGCCAGAUCAGUAACACCUAGUCGUAGUCCGAGUCCCAAACCAGCAGCUCAGAAACAACACACUUUACAUCCGAAUAAGAUGACAGUAGGUCCAAGUAAGAGUGCCAUGCAAAGUCGUCAGGCUAGCAGCAAUAGUGGUGAGGGUAAGCAAUCGUCUUUGGACGAUUCAGGGGUGGUGGACGAUCACGAGGAGGGCGAUGCGACAUCUGAAGACGCUGGGCGACUCGAAGUGACACCGGCAACUACCAGACGAGUAAAAGUAAUCAGAUGUAACGGCGUCGGUACUGACAAAAAGAAACCACCCGAAAUGUACACCGACUACCUUUCGCACAUUGUUGUCAUAGACAGCGAAUUACCAGACAGAAAUUGCUCGUGCUGCGAACGAUGCUGCACCGACUACGAAGGUUGGCUACAGUUCCAGCAAGGCCUUUACCGGAUCGUCAAAGACCCAUUGUUCGAGCUGGCAAUUACAAUUUGCAUUGUAUUGAACACGAUGUUUUUGGCCAUGGAGCAUCACGGCAUGAGCGAGUCUGUACUCAGAGCUUUAGAUGUUGGAAAUAAGGGCCCAGGCAUAUGCUUGGCCGUUUUCCUACCAACAUUGGUAAUGGGCAACUUCAUGGUGCUCAACCUUUUCUUGGCUUUGCUGCUCAACAGCUUCAAUUCAGAAGAGCUCAAACAUCGAAAAGAGGAAGUUGGUGACGAAUCAAAGCUGGCCCAAAGCUUCCAACGUAUAAGAGACUUAGUCAGAAACCGUCGCUUACAAGAACAAGAAACCAAUUCUCGGCUCGAGCAAAUUGUCAGAGAGGUGAUGCAACGGCACGCCGAAGAAAAAGAAGCGAAAAAAUUCCCCAGAGAUAAACGCAGCUACCAAGAAGCCAUGAACCGUCCCAUUUCCAUAAUCAGCUACGACAUUCCAGAAUACCAGCUAGACAAAGACAAACGCUACGCUUUACUCUUAAAAGAACCCGAAGCCCCUCCUCCAAAAUAUCACGAAAACGCAACCAAUUUGCAACCCUGGCAAACGCUAGUUUCCUAUGUCGACGAAUUGACAUUGGGACGAGACUCGAAAGGACUUGGCGUCGGUAAUUUUCCAGGAUUCGGCAACCAAAAACCCCCCAAAGUGCCUUCGAAUUGUUUCCCGAAACAAUUCUACGAACGAUGCGCUUGUCUGGACAAGUGCGCAUCCUCCGAGUACGGUUUGAAAUGGACAAAGUUCCGUACCAGAGUCCUGGACAUUGUGGACACGUCGUCUUUCGAAUGGUUCAUUCUGGUGCUGAUAUUCGCUUCGAGUGUCACGUUGUGCUUCGAAGAUAUUCAUUUGGACGAGAAUCCCCAGACUGAAAACGCUGCUUUACUGGACCAAUUUUACUUUUUCGAUUAUUUUCGUUGUCGAGAUGCUGUUCAAAUGGGUGGCCUUGGGAUUUUACAAGUACUUCAGUAG